GGGCAUAUUGGAUAUCUAGGAACAGGAGCGGUACUCGUAAGGCAGUCUCGUAUAUUGAGCUCUACUUGACCGGGCAGACGCACACCAGACAGCGAGACCUGGGAUGUUGGUGGGCAAGUGUAGUCCAGGAAGCCUUGAAUGCUGAUUCGAACCGAAUGAAAGCAGAUACCAAAAGAACCGGGAAGUGAAUCACAUGAUUAACAGCGAUGACAUCAUCCCCCGGGGUCUGCUGACUCUUUAGUUACUGGAUUGGACAGCGAGAAACGUGCAGACCUGACUCCAUUAUGUAAUCCCAGGGGUGAAAAGGGUCUUUAAGGAACGUGGAAACAUCCCACAAUUUUAGUGGCUCUUACUUCGGGAAAGGGAUUUAAACUAAAUAUGACUAUUACCUCAUCUGUCUGAGGUGAAUGCGAUAUCUGACAGAGAGACAUUUCAGAACGAGUAUUAUGGCUCUGGCCGGAUGUCCAGAUUAUUUUCUGCACCAUCCAAAUUUCCAGCAGGAUAAUGUAGACCGGACAGCCAAUCACAGACAAGCAGAUCUGAUUGGGCCAAGUUUUCAGCAGUACCCCAAUCGGAAUUCACCCUCCCAUCAAGAGGAUGACGUGGAUUUGGAGGCACUGGUGAAUGAUAUGAACUCUUCCUUUGAGAGUUUGUACUCUUCCUGUACCGUGUCGGCUGAUUCCGCUCCCCUGCUACACAACGGCCAGCCACAGAGACCCACCUAUCAAACACACGCUCAGCCCACCUCCCCACACCAGAGACUGCGACGGUCCCAGCCCAUGCACAUUCUCGCUGUCAGAAGACUUCAGGAAGAAGAGCAACAGUACCGAACGUCCUCUCUACCUGCCAUCCCCAACCCUUUUCCAGAGCUCUGCAGUCCUGCCGGUUCCCCUACGCUCAGCACCGGCUCUUUACCUCAGUGUCAGCCCACAGGCAAAUAUAUCAUAAAAAUCUUCAGCGAGGAUGGGUUCGGAAAGAUGGUGGAGAUCCCAGCCGACAUGACGGCGCGAGACCUGUGCCAGCUCCUCGUCUAUAAAAACCAUUGUGUGGACGAUAACAGUUGGGCGCUUGUGGAGCAUCAUCCGGCCCUGGGACUCGAAAGAUGUUUAGAAGACCAUGAACUAGUCGUCCAAGUGCAGGCAUCCAUGAGCAGCGAUAGUAAAUUUCUCUUCAGAAAGAACUAUGCCAAAUAUGAAUUCUUCAAAAGUCCUUUGACGCAGAAAUCACAUGACGGAGGGUUCCAGUUCAGUGGUUUGCUCUCAAACUUUUUCCCUGAGCAGAUGGUGGCGUGGUGUCAGGAGACCAAUGGGACUAUUCCCCCGUCUCAGCUCCUACAGAACUUUUUAAACUCCAGCAGUUGUCCGGAGAUCCAGGGAUAUUUGCAUAUGAAAGAGAUGGGCAGGAAGUCGUGGAAGAAACUGUAUGUGUUGUUAAGACGGUCAGGAUUGUACAUCUCAACAAAAGGAAUGUCGAAGGAGCCCAGGCAUUUACAGCUACUUGCAGACCUGGAGGACAGCAAUGUCUUUACAGUAAUAACAGAGAGAAAACUGCACAAUGCACCGACGGAUUUUGUGUUCUGCAUAAAACCUAAAAAAGUGAUGAAUGAACUGAAAGAACUGAGGAUGUUGUGUGCGGAUGAUGAGCAGAGCAGAACGUGCUGGAUGACGGCCUUUAGACUGCUUAAGUACGGAAUUCUACUCUAUCAAAACUACAAGAUCCCCCAGCAGCGAAAAGCAUUACUCUCACAUUUCUCAGCGCCCGUGAGAAGCGUUUCAGAGAACUCUCUGGUGGCCAUGGAUUUCUCAGGGAGUAUCGGCAGGGUGAUUGACAAUCCUGUGGAGGCUCAGUGCGCCGCCAUGGAGGAGGGACACGCAUGGAGAAAGAGAAGUCAGCGGAUGAACGCCCUGGGCAGUCCAAGCCCCCUUCAUCCCUUAUCGCUGAGCAUAGUUAUCCACAGAACUCAGUUGUGGUUUCACGGUCGAAUACCACGGGAGGAGUCCCACAAGAUGAUCCAUCAGCAAGGCCGUGUGGAUGGAAUGUUCUUGUUACGAGACAGUCAGAGUAACCCCAAGGCGUUUGUGCUCACAAUGUGUCACCACCAGAAAAUCAAACAUUUCCAGAUCUUACCGUGUGAGGAAGACGGUCAGAUGUUCUUGAGCCUCGAUGACGGCGCCACCAAAUUCACAGACCUGAUCCAGCUGGUGGAGUUUUACACGCUGAACAGGGGAGUUCUGCCUUGUAAAUUGAAGCACCCCUGCACCACUGUGGCCUUAUGACCCCCUCAUGCCUGAUUGUGGCUAAAGACAAACACUGCGGUAGUGUGUGCUGUGGUCUGAAACUGUGCCGCUGGGCUGGAAUAAAAGCACACCGCAGGCCCCUCUCCGUCUGUAAGAGAGAACAUCAGAAGAACAAUCAGAACAUCUUCUGGAGGAGAAAAACGUGUGCGUUUGAACCUUUCAGCCACCUGCACACUAGAACGUGGCCGGAACAGGUUCUCAGGACAAUCCUCCAGCAGGAUUCUUCAGGAUCUGCGGUCUGAAUCGAAAAAUGUGUCGUGGUUUCGGGACGACCGUCAGAACACUCUUAAAUCUCGUUACUUUUUAUUUUGCACUCGUGAACCAGGAACAACCAAGCUAUGGCAAUUGUUGCUUUCAGAAAUCAAGCAGGUUUCAUUGUUUCUUUGUUCUAGAAAGGGUUGUAAGAUGUGGACAGCCUGUAGUUGUUUUGAGUACUGUGAAAAGACAAUGCCGUUAAAUUCAUGCGUUCUCUCCGUAAUGAGUUGAUGAGUAGGAUUUUUCGAAAGCAGGUCUCCUUUGCAAUUGCUUCCUUAUUAUUUAAGUUUAUGUAAAAUUUGGGGCGAUUUGCUCAUGGCUUUGAGCAUACAAGUCUCUUGCAUUAAUGCAUACGCCUUUGCAGACUGUUAAAUACAUAGAGAACAAAAAGCAUAAGCUUCUGCGCUCUCUGCUGGCCAUACCGAGUAGUAACUUGUCUGAUGUUCCUUAAAGGGAUAGCUCACACACAAAAUGUCCUCACCCUCAUGUCAUUCCAAACCUGUAUGACUUUCUUUCUCCUGUUGAACACAAACAAAGAUAUUUUAAAGAACAUUGGUAACCAACCUGGCCACCAUUGACUCACAUUGUAUAGACACAAAACCACUGAGACAUUUCUCAAAAUAUUUUCUUUUGUGUUCAACAGUCAUUCACAGGUAAAUUAAUGACGACAAAAUUUGUGUUUUGCCGUGAAAUAUCCUUUUAAAUGAGCAGUGAGCAUUCAAAAAAUAAGCCUUGUGUCAUUUUCUAUUCACUCGUAUGUUGUUCCAAACCUGUUUGACUUCUGUGGAACACAAAAGUAUAAUUUUUUUAUAGAAAAAAUAUUUUUGGUGUACUUAAGAAAAACAGCAUACAGGUUUGUAUAUAUCUUAAUAAUGAGUAGCCCUAAGCAGCACAUAGCAUUUCUACAGAAAUAUAGCAUCCCCAUCACACACAUUUGGAACUGUGCCUUGAUUUCCAAGAGGAGUGAAAAAUAACCACUAAAUCCUCCGAUGGAGCUCCGCUCUGGGUCAUAGUCCAUCAGGAAAACAGCAUCCAACUGGAAUCUCUAUAUGUGCUGUCAGCCUCAUAUUGACUGUCAGUACACGUUUCAUACGAUUGUCUUCAGUACAACACACUGUGAAGUUCAGGCUACAGUCCACCCACAGCAUGGUGGGCUUCCAAUCUCCAUCCUGCCUUGUCCAUGGUAGCAGUAGAUACAAACAGAUCUGUAGAGAUAUUUUUUGUACUUGUGACGCAAUGUAAAGAAAGAGCCAUGUUUUUAGUGUUUACCUAUAAUGUGUUAAGCUAGAUUGAAAGGGCAUAGCCACCGUCUACAAGUUCACCCAGAAGAGCGUUACGUAAAGAAAUGCAAACGACGCAAUCAUUUUUAAGUAUUGUUUUUGACAAAUGUAUUUAUUUUUAAAGAUUACUUGAAAUUACGUUUAGCUUUUGUUCUCAGCACUGUUCAGUACUAAUCUUGAUUCACAAAUAUUUGGACCUCAGUUUACCAAGACAGAUAGAUACUCAUUUUUUAACUAAACACUAAUUCUUUUCCAAUAUCCUGCCAUAGAAGUCCCAAAGUGUACGUUUUCAGUCGCAUGAAAUGAAAUUCACAUUGUGGUGAGCAACAGAAGCGUCUAGUUUGUAGAUGUCUGUAAUGUAGUUUUCAUUAAAGAUGAAACUUUCUAACAUCAUUCAUGUCAGACAGGGUUUUAGGUAUAAAUACGACAUCAAAUUAUUUAGCCACAGAAAGAGACUGCAGGGCUUUUUUCAGCACUACGAUUAUUCACUUGAACGUUUCUGCAUAUUUUGCUCAGUGUAAAUGAAUUCAGACUUUUUAUCUUGACUUUUUUAUAUAUAAGAACUAUACAAUCAGCCAGCCGAGGAUUUAACAUUUCAUUAAGUAUACUUUUUAGUAGCAACCACAUUUAAUAUGCUUCAGUUCUAGUGAAUGAGUUUGUUCCCCACCUUCAUUCAUAGGUUUAUGCUUUUUUUUCGGAUCUUACCAUAGAUAAUGUUGUAUGUUACAUAAUGGUUCGUUUAUUGUAUGUUACUGGGUGUGAAAAUUGACCCAUAGGACCUUCAGCGCUUAAUCUACCGGUUAAAGUCCAUCAUUUAGUCAGGUUUAUAACAAUUCAAACCUUCCACAUGUCAGUUCUGGGUAAACACAGUUAACGGUGCAAUCACAUUCAUCAUUUUGUUUUUUUAUCCAUCAUUUAAAAUGCAGCUCAGCAGGACACAUCUACACUCCGUUCCCUCCUUCAGCUGUUCAUGUUUGUAGAUAUCACACUGAAUUUAUGGAUGCAGAUAUUUUUUUCUACAAUGGCAUAUAAAAUGAAGAAACUUGACUUGUUUUAGUGCAUUUCUGUUAUUUGAUUAUGUGUGUAUAUAUUGAAUCUAUUUUAUGUUGCUUUGUCGUGCUACUUUACCUUAAAGAUUUUGUUUAUAUUUGCAUUGAGCUGAUGGAAAACUGGACUCACUGAAGGUCAGCAUUAAGCUAAAUCGCUGUUUUAAAAAGUCACUUAUGUUCGCAAAUAGCCUACACUUAUUAUGAAAAUGCUAACAAGUUUAUGCCUUGUAGAUAAUUUAGAAAUAUUUCUUUAAUAUGAAUCAAAGACGGAAAUGUUUGCGUUUUCUCCAUUGUUGUUGAAAGGAGCUGGCAGGACACGUGUGAACUGUUGAGAGUUUAUCCUUGAAAGAAAGAAAUGUCAUUUUUAUAUUUAAAAGAAAUGAAUGUAACUGGGUUGCUCAGGGUUGAAGCGGAGGCUGUUUAAAACUGGUCCUGUGGACCGGCAAGACUUCUUCUCCUGUAUUUUGCUUUUUAUUAAACUAACAUCGAGUCCUUUUGUCAAGUCUUUGACUACCAGACCUCUGUACUUUCCCUGUUCUCCCUUGAGUUUCUUGACGUAAUCUUUCAAAUAACUUCCACUUCAACAUUUAUUUCUCUGUUUCAUAAAGCAUCAGGUGCCUCAAGCCCCGCCCAUCGUCUCUUUCCUUCUUACUUUCUUUCUUUAUUUCUCACUGUCUCUCUCUCUCUCUCUCUUUAUUAAUUUAGGCCUGAGAUGAUAUGUCAUGACCGUUGGUCAGUUUGAUGAAAGAAGUUACGCUUUACAUUACAGUUAUUUGUGUUAAGUUGUAAUUACACAAGUAACUAAAAUGUAAUUAAAUGAGUUCAGAAUCAUUUUAAUACAGACAUGCAUUUAAUGUGUAAUUAUAUUUAGUAUUGCUUGUAAUUACACGUUUGUCUUGUAAUUGCUCAUGUUAUGAAUCAUAAUAAUAAAUACAUAACCUGUACUGUAAUGUAAAGCAGAAUUUCCAUUUAUAUUUCACAUCACAUGAAUAGGAUCACAAUAUUUUCCAUACUCUCAAUAAUAUUUCUUAAGCUAUGCGUAUGCUUUAUUAAUGCAAAAAAAGUGUUUUGACCAUGAAUAAAUUCAAAUGAGUUUCAGGGAAUGAACAAAGCGAAAAGAAAAAUAUUUCCUCAUUUCAGAAUAUGUAUUGAGAAUGUUUUCUACCUGGUUCUGUAAAUAGCUGAAUGGCGCUCAAAUUCUAAUUGUAAGCUUUUCAGGUAUUUUUGUACAAGUAAGGGACUGAUAUAUUCUGUUUAGAAUAAAACAUUAAUUCAUUGCCAUCUUAACGUUGUGUUAAUAUUAUCUUAGCAAA